UCUACUUUUCAUGAUUCUGUUUAAACAAGACACCAUGAACAUUCUUAUUUCUAUUUUAUGUUUCUUUUAUCUGUGCGUUGAUUGUUCUGCAGUACCUUCAAUACCGAAUGCAAUUGAUGUCGAUGCUGUUCAAAAGCUGACCGAAAAAUUAAAUUCGCUGGAACAAAGGUUGACAAGAGAACAUCCUUACUUACAUGAUGUGAGUGUACCAUUAUCAAAUGAAAACAGUAUUAAAGCAAAUGAGAGAUGGGUUCGCAAUGUGGAAAAUCGAAUUGAGACAUUGGAAAAUACAAUCUUACAGAAAAAUUGUGAUAAAAAGUUUCAAUUUUUAGAAGAAACUGUAAAGGAACUCUCAAAGCAACAAGCGUUAUAUAACGAACGCACUGAGAAGCUUGAAGCAAUUGUUCGUGACCAAGAAAAAACUAUUUCCAAAUUAAGAGAGGAAAAGAUACAAAUUAAGAAACCUGGCUCUGUCAUUCGAGAUUUCCUUGUUUCACCAGAAUAUGAAAACGAUGAAUAUGACGCCUAUAACCACUCAGGCAAACCACAACGUAUAAGAAGCACUGCUGCAUCUUCUGAUCUACGAGAUAUUGAUUCUAUCAACAAGAGAUUGCUUUCCCCCACUACCCAACAACCAGUGACUACACCAACAAUCAUAGCUUUUUAUGCCUAUAUGACCAGAAGAACGCCCUCUAUUACAAUACAACAUCCUUUGGUUUUCGAUGUCGUAAAAACUAAUGAUGGAAACGGUUAUCACGCAACAACAGGGGUGUUCAGUGCUCCAGAGACUGGUGUUUAUGUCUUUACCUGGACAAUGAGAGAGAAUGGCAAUUGUUAUCACUCUACUCAGUUGAUGGUUAAUUCCGAUGAAGUGGGAAUAAUUCACGUGCACACAGGUGAAGGUGCUGACAUGCCAGGAACAGGAGUCGUGGUCACGCAUGUCAAUGCAAGAGAUGACGUAUAUGUUAGAACACAUGCAGCAUGGAAUCAUUGUUAUAUUGAAAGCAAUGAUGGAGGAAGAUCGUCCUUUGCAGGCUGGAAACUGUCUUGAAUAAUUUUUAGUAGAUACAUGUUACAUUCUAAAUGAGAAUAAUGUCCUCUCUGAAUUAAUUCUAACCAUUUUUACACUCCAUAUAAAUCUAUUUCAAAAAUCUAUUUUGAAUGUUUCCAAUGAAAGUUGUUGGCACAAAUGCACUUACAGGAGCUGCCUAGUAUUUACAAAAUGACUUUUGAGCAGUUAAGAACAUGCAAAUUAGCAGCAUUGUUUGGACAGUUUUAUAAAAUCUUAAUACAGAGUAAACUUUGGCGUUAACUUUCUCUAACAGCAGGGUUGCUUAAUUUUUUCAAUUGAACUUAUAGUGUUGUUACUAUAUCCAAGGCCUUGCAUAUCAUUACAUUAUCUUCCAAAUAUAGUUCACUCACCAACUGAAUGCAAACUUGCAAUAUCACGUUUGUGCGUAAAUACACCUUUAGACUAGUGGGCACAGUUUCUUACAGUCUUCGGUAACAUAAUAAUUAUGCAACUGAAAGGAGUACAACAAUUAGAAAAACAACAUCGGACAAGUGUUUUGGCUAAUACAGGGAAAACAGCGGUAUCUAUCUAUCUACAAUGUUGUUGUUUUUUGGGUUUUUUUUUUCG